AUUUUUUUGUAUAACAAUUUCUCAUAAUUGCUUCUACUUUUUCAGAUAUCUACAAUCAGCGGUCGAAUUAAAAACAGUGCAGAAGGAUGUUUUGAGUAUAUUUUACCUUCUAGCCGCGCAAUCAAUGCUUUUCUUUCCAAGCAAGCAGCGUUUUUCGGCAAAAGCAUGAAAUAGAAUCGUACGUGGUACGAAUUUAUCGGCACAAUCUGAUCAAGGACGGAGGCAUCAUCAAACGGAAACUACGCGAAAAACUUUUCGAAGAGAUAAAACUGCGCCGCAACACUCGUGUGAAAAUGGACGAGUUGGGCUGGGUGCUGAUGAACCACAAUUUGAUAACACGUAAUGAGUCAAUCCAACAGCAUGCCAAUGGUAAUCGACCAAAUCAUUUUAAAUUGAACAUGGAGCGGUUGUGCAACCUACUGGAGCAGCAAGAACAGAACAAUCACGCUGAGUUGACUUCCAAAAAGCAAAACAAAUUCCUGCGUAUGCUGGAUGCAAUUUUACAAAACGACAUAGUUUUGAAGGAAAUUAAAGAGAUGGUAGCGGCGAAUCGACUUCUAUCGGAAAUUCGUUAUGUGACUACGGUGGAACGUAUGCUGAAACACAAUUUGGACCCCUCUUUGCGCUGCUGCUUUGUAUGCCGAGAGUAUUUCCGCACUGCCGAUGAGUAUACCAGUCAUUUCGAAAAAUUGCACGGUGAGAAAUUUCUUAUUGUUGCGGCGGUGGAUCGAUUUCAGACUAGUCAAAAGUUCAACGUUCUACAUCACUACAAUGCCCUUAAUCCGGUGACAAUAUUCACGAUUUGCAACGUAUACCACACAGCCCUAAUAAAAAAAAAACAAGAAAAGACGGGUCUAAUAUUUUACAAUAAAGUCUACAAUCUACCACUUUCCACGAAAAUCGGAGAACCACUAUAUCGGUUAGACAUGGAAUGGCUGAUACAUAUAAGGCAGAAAAAAUGUUUAACUUUGGAAUUCAACAUCCUAUAUUUCCUCGUACCAUUAAGUUCAUGGCGCAUUUGAUGUCGGUCAUCGUAACUGCUUCUAUGGAAAUGACGUGAGCAUAUGAUUUGAUUUUUGAUUUUUAUCUCCAUCUCGGAGAAAAGUGUGGUAAACAAUGUCCGGGUUAUUUUUCGUUAUGAGAACCUUGUUUCCACAUCCUUUUACUGCACAAUAAUACGGCAUCUGAAGUAAAUAAAAUAUUCACAAUAUAAUUUUGGCAUGAUAGAGAACCGCGAGAUGAACGAUUAUCUGUGGAGGAGUUGGACAACAGAUUUCUUAGACUUAUAGCACUUUUAUCACACUCACAAGCUAAUCAAAUCCUCACUGUCCCCCAAAAAUAUUGAAUAAUAUAUAAUUUUUUUACCAAAAUAUAUAUUUUAUUAAGGCACGUAGCUUGACGGGGCCGGGAGUCCAAUAUUUUAACAAUUUUUGUCUUACAACUAUGUUAGUAAUAUGUAACCGAUUACUCGCGGUUGGCUCGAGGUUAGUAUUACAAAGAUCUCAUAAUUGGGAUGUUGCAGUCUCCAGUACUAUGUAUGUGUGGCCGACACGGGAUACUUCCUAUUGGAGUAUAACUGACCAUUGAUCAGCGACGCCCCCCUAGUCUGUACCUCAUAUCAAUCGUGGUGCGUCUCUCUUGACUCGAGGAAUCCAGGGUAGAAUGGUCACUGGACGGUACAAUCUUCAGCUCGUG